UUCGAUGUGAACUUCCAGCACCAUGCCAAACCUGCUUUCAGCCCUGCACAAGAAAAACAAACUCCUUCUUCUUCUACUUUUUAUGGUCUUCAGCGAGCAGGCGACAGGCUCCUUGCUGGAAAGUAUAAUUUCUAAACGCACGGAGUACAAGGAGAACUGUAACAGAACCCUGGCUUCUACUCCAUUCCCAGCAAAUGGAAACUACUGUAAAGGAACUUUUGAUAAGUUUGUGUGCUGGCCCCAUUCAUCUCCAGGGAAUGUCUCUGUCCCCUGUCCUCCCUUCCUACCAUGGAUCACAGAGGGUGGUAACAGGAGAGCACAUCGGGAAUGCUUAGAGAAUGGGAGCUGGAGGCAGUUGGAGAACUCCACAGAUCCCUGGAGAGACCAUUCUGAAUGUUUGGAACACCAAUACUUCAAAGACAUGGAGGAUCAAAUACCUCGCGACUCUGCCCUCAGGCUCAUCUCUGUCAUUGGUUAUUCGUUGUCGCUAGUGUCCCUCUCUCUGGCCACUCUGCUCAUGGGAAUGCUAAGGAAGCUCCAUUGCACCAGAAACUACAUUCACAUGAACCUUUUUGUGUCAUUCAUCCUGAGAGCUGCGGCCAUCAUUUCAAAGGAAAUUAUCUUCCAGCUCAUGUAUUCCAAUUCACCGGAUGACGACCAUGGAUGGAACUUCUAUAGCUCAGCUAUAGGACUACUGUGCAAAUUCUCCAAAGUUUGCAUGGAGUACUUCGUGGCAUGUAAUUUCUUCUGGCUCUUGGUGGAGGCCAUUUUUCUUCACACACUGCUCUUCACGGCUGUGCUGACCAAGAGAUGCCUGCUGAAGAAAUACCUGCUGCUGGGAUGGGGAACUCCUGUCCUGUUCGUGACUCCAUGGACAGUCGUUAAAAUUGUAUAUGAAAACACAGGGUGCUGGUCAAUCGUGAACAGGUGGUUCUGGUGGAUAAUGAAAGGCCCGAUUACUUUAUCAGUUCUGGUCAUUUUCAUUAUAUUCAUCAAAAUUCUGAAGCUGUUGUUGUCCAAGCUGAAAGCCGAUCAGGUGAAAUUUACCGACUACAGAUACAGUUUAGCCAGAGCAACGUUGGUGCUGAUUCCCCUGCUGGGACUCCAUGAAGUUGUCUUCCAUGUACUAAUAGAUGAAUGUGUGGAGGGUAAUAGUCGCUAUGCACGCAACUUUAUCAACCUAACCCUAAGUUCCUUCCAGGGCUUCCUGGUUGCUGUGCUUUACUGUUUUGCUAAUGGAGAGGUCCAAGCUGAGCUGAAAAAGCGCUGGCAACUGUUUUUGUUCACGAAUCACUUCAAGGUCCACACCUGUUUUCGUGGCACAAAUCUCAAGAACCUUUGGAAAUGUACUCGACGGCAGCACAGAAAGCGCUCUCGACAGUUUGAUUCUUACGGCAGAAACACCACUUUGAUGGCUCGCCCACAUCUCCUUCAGGUGGCUGUGCAAGGAGGAGUUGGCCCUCUUGGACGGGGACAGAUUAGAGGCCAUGGACUCGAGGGCUUUGAAUCACCAGGGCUUGACUUUCUCACCAGGAAGAGUCUCUCCAGUAGCGAUGGAGAGAUGACCCAAGGGGAGACCAUGGAGGAGAUCCUGGAGGAGAGCCAGUUCUAAACCCAGUUGGUUUAUAGGUAAAAAUCAAAACUAGUGGGACUGAGAAAAAUUAAUAUAUUGGUUUCAGUAGAAGCAGUCAACUUUAGGGCUGGAGAAACACCUUAUAUUCUACCACGACAUGGACCCCAGGAAUUAUAUUAAUGGGAGGUUUGAUAUAGUAAAGACUCUAACCCCAACUGUAAUCAUUUGUAAAAGAAAAAAAAGUAAUGAUAUUUCCAUUAAGAUAAGCCCUGCUUCACAAUGACUAGAACUUUUACCCAUAAACCACUUAAUAUAACCACUGCUGUGACAGUUUCAUACCCCUCACCCACUGGCAGAAAAACUUCUUUAAACCAGGGAACAUCUUCUUUUAGUAGCAGUGGGAACAGCUCACUGACUCGUGUCUAUCCAGGUCAAACAACUUAGUAAGCGACCCACAUUAAAAUCACCUCGCUCUGAUCGGCAUGCUGUGGGAAACCAGAACCGGGUUGACUCGCUAAUUUACAUGACACCAUUAAUCGCAACGUACGAACAUCAACACACAUCUAACAAGCCCAAAUAACUCUGUUUACAUUUGAUAAACAUGGUGCAGCACUGGUGAGAGGGAUUCAGACAGAUCAGAAGCAAAACCCUAAAGGACACUGACUACGCCCUGGCUUCCUUACAUUGUUUACUUUCCUGAUUUCUUUCGCACUGGUGACAUCAUCAACACUAACCAAGUGUGAUGGUUUCACCAGACACGCAGCCACGGGGGGACAGAAGCCAUGCAGCUUGCCAGCGAGGGGUUAAACCCAGCUUUUUUCGCCAAUGGGAAGGGAGCCAAAUUCCGAUUGUUAGUGGGUCGACCCAUGUUUGAAAAUCCUGUGUUAACCUGCAACUUUUAGUGGGAAAGAGGCGUCAGUAUCGGUUAUAAUAGAACACUGCUCGAAAUCCCCACCUCCACCUGUAAAUCGUUCUAUGACUAGCCCCCUAAGUUUCUUUGAAAAGCAAAUGGGUGUUCACACUGAAUGCAGUGCUUGAUCUGGUAUUAUUUCUAAUGACAUUUUAUUGCUGCGCUGAACAAAGCACAUGUGAAUCCCACUGUUGUGUGAGUCUUCUUGCCCAGCAUGGUCAAAUUCAAAUUUGACUGCAGCCCCCGAGCGGCAAA